AUGUCAGCAGAUGUUGCUAACUAUCAUGGUGGAGAUGGUGGCGGGGAUGACCCAUUAGAUCCUACUAGGGUACCGACUGCGUGCGAGGCUUCAGGUGGUGACUCGAGAAAAGGUCGUGGGAGGAAUGUAUUAGUAAAGUUAGAAGAGAGAAGAAAAAACUCUACUGGCCCGUUGCCAUUAGAAGUUGACAGUGUCUCGAACAAAAUAGUAGGCUUGGAGAGUAAAGCUUUUCCUCGAUUGGUAGGGCGAGAGGUUGCACUGCAUGUGCCUGGACAUCAUCCAAGUUGGGCAAAUGUCCCAGAGCAGUACGAACACCUCAUCUUAACCAAGCUUCGGCAUUAUUACCAGUUGGACAGUCAUCCAAAGUUAGUAGCUAUUUCGAUAGCUGAGAUGGCCGAGAAGUACAAAACACGAAAGAAUAUUAGAUUGCAACACUUCAGAGAAUAUUACAAAAACCCAGAAGACUUUGAAAAUGCAGUGAAGAACCCUCCCAAUGAACUUAAUGAAGACCAAUGGCGACUAAUAUGUGAAUUGUUCACAACUCCUGAUUUCAUUCAACGGUCGAAGCAAAACUCUAUCAAUCGACAGAAGAUGAAAUUCUCUUCAACAACAAAAUGGCUCGUAACUAUGGCUGAGAUUCUUCGUCAAAAACAAGGAAAGGGUUACAUUGAGACUUGGAAAGAAUGUCAUACUAAGAAAGACACCAACACCUUCAUCAAUGAGGCUGCCAAAAAUAAAUAUGAAGAGAUGUUGACAACUCGAAAUAGUGCCCCUGAAUCUUCACAAGUUUCAGAACUUGAGAUUCUUCGGAAAACACUUGGAGAGAGGCGUGGCCAUCAACGAGGAGUGGGUCGCAAGUUGAAAGGCCAAUCAUCAGGACGACGCUCACAACCUGCAACUGCUGAUCAACCGGACUUACGGGAAACAGUUGUUGAGUUACAGAAACAAAUACAGACGUUGACUCAACAAAUGUCACGUGAACGUCGGGAACCAAUGGAUGUUGAGAUGAAUGAUGCAGCUCCAACCCAACCCAUACGUCCUCAACCGUCUCGCUCUCAAAUGGGUUUUAACCCAAUGGGUUUUCAGCAGCCGCAUCAGACUCCUACUUCGUUUCAGCAACUGCUACAACAGCCUCUGCUACAACAACCUCUUGUUCCUUCGCCUGGAAUGUUAAGUCCUGAGCAAUUUCACAGUCAAAUGUACCAGUCAUACUUGCAGUUUGUGUUUCAGUCGCCAAACAAUUCGCAAAUAUUGUUGAAUAUGAUGACUCAGUCGCCUCAGACGUCUCAUGUGUCAGAGCCUCGGAUGUCACAGAUGCCGCAAAAUGUUCAGAUGUCGACACAAGGGCAGCAAUACCAGAACACAUCGCAGACGAUGCCGACACAACCAUGGGAGCAGACAUCUCAAAUGAUGCCGACACAUCUAGGACAACAGACUUCUCAGAUGAUGCCGACACAACAAGGGCAGCAGACAUCUCAAAUGAUGCCGACACUACAUGGGCAGCAGACAUCUCACAUGAUGACCAGCUCGCAAAUGCCGCCAUACUACCCACAGAUGCCGGAUGUUCCUGGGUCGGAUGUUCCUCGAGAUGCUAGUGAUGAGGACGAUGCUACUACAAACUUCUUUUAGAAUAUCUAUUUUAAUUUUACGAACUAUCGGUCUAAUAUGUUUGUUAAUAUUUUAUGAACACUAAUUUAUAUUUAGGUCGGCAGUACUAUAAUGUUUAUGACUUACUCUUAUUGUAAUAUUAGUGACUUUAAAUAUUUUCUUUUUGUU